UUGCACUGUACGAUUGUAGGACACGGAGACCUCAUCAUCUCAUUGAAACUCUUCGACCUCACAAAGGUCGCAAACCUGGGGAGCGAGGAGGCUGACAAUACCAACCAAUGCCAGCUAAACUGCUGCAUCCUGAUCGCUACUAAGAAAUUAUUUGUUUGGUUCUCGUCUUUACUUUUUGGUACUUUGCGUUCCGAGCUAUUUGAGACGAUCAAUUCCCAGCGUAUCAGCAAUUCCUCAACGAUCACAAGGAAUUUUAACGAACCUUACGAACGAGCUUAUUUUUUUUCUGCCGGUUGCGAACCGAGAAAUAACACCCCACUAGACUGCUUGCCAACAACACCUUAGAUAGCCCCCAGCUUACAUUUCACCCAUACACACGCAGGGUGACUCCGUGCCAGCACAACGAGUGCAACUAGCCAACCCACGACGGCACUACCGCCAUCUGAGCUGUGCUUGCGUCAUCAGGCUCCCUCUUAAUGCAGUCUCCUGAACAUGGAUCGUCGACGCCCGACCCUCUGCAGUCCGUGCCUGCGGCAUCACCCACCAUAAGCUUGGCCAAGAGGCGGCAGAACGUCGACGACAUCAUGCCGCUGUCGGGCUCCGAGGCUGACCUGCGCCGCUCCGUCAGCGGCAGGCACGCGAACCCCUCGGUCGCUUCGCUGUAUGCAUCUACACUUACCCCUCCCGGCUCGCGGUCGGCCUCGCCGGCAGGCCGCGGCUCUCCCGGCCGAAGCUCUCCCGGUGGUCGACCGACCUCCUUGCCCGCUACGGGCGGCAUGUUUGCAAGGUCGUUGGUGGAUUUGCCAUGUGCAGAUAACCCGGGGGAUCCGCUCAAUCUUUUGCUCCGGGCUUUCGUCCCGCAUGUUGCCGUCUGUGCAUCGACCGAUACCGACGAGCUGAUCCGAGACAAGGGGUUCAACCUUGGAUUCUGGGAGCUUCUGCGACCGUUCGGCGAACAGGUGCAAGGCAAGGUCACUGUUAGGGAUAGUAUCGGGGGCUCCAGGGCGUGGAGCGAUUGCUCCAUACGGUUUGUCAGACUGGGCGAGGACGUAUCGCAAGCUGAUGUCCCCCUAAGUGCGUCGAGGAUGCCGGCAGAACAGGGAGGAUCCAAUGGCUCAUCGACCACUUCCGAGAGCCCCGGCAGCAUUUCCAGCCGCGAAGCAAAAAGGCUCGUUGAGGUUGAGGGUGUGGUCAGUCGGCAUUUGAGAUUCGCCGAGAACUCUUUCCUCGGCCUAGGCCAACCCAACACGCCGACAAACCAAGAGAUGGACAUCGAUGUUGCUUCGCCAUACUACUCGCUCUAUUUACGGAGGCUGCUGUCAGGGAUGCCAGUAGAGCGGCACGAGACUUUCGGCCAUCCCGUAGCUUGCGUUAUAGCUAUAAGCUCACGCAAUCCUUCCCCGAUAGAAGCGCUGCGAGCUCUGUACAAGGAAACGAGCGAGGGCAGGAGCAAGGUUCCCGACUGGGUGUCUCCAAACUAUCUGCGCUACUACGUUUUGGUGCACGACGAAGACAAUGGCGACAUUUCUCAGUCCAUGGCCUUGUUUGAGCAGAUGAAGCGCAACUUUGGCCUGCACUGUCAUCUCCUUCGUAUUCGCGGGGCGCAAAGUGCCGAGACGGAUGACGACAGCAUAGCUCUCCCUCGCAGCGAGUGGUUGGCACCCGGCGAGGAGCUGGCAGAGUUGCAGCGGAGCGAGGCUGAAGAAGACUAUGCAAGCCACAUCAAGUACAUAUUCGAGACCGACGCGACGGCCAUUAAGACUUUUGUGAGGGAAAUGGUCAUCCAGUCCAUAAUACCUACCAUGGAAAGAAACGUAUCGUUGUGGAAUGACCAGGUCGCCUCGAAGCGAAAAGGUAUUGGCGGUCGGUUCAUGAGCAUGUCAAAACGCUGGACAGGUUUUGGCGGCGGGUCCAAAAGUGCUCCCAGCGGCUCAAAUUACAGCGGAGGCUUUUACCAUCCAGAUACGCCCGAAGCAACGCUACGUAGGCUGGCGGACUACGCCUUCAUGCUGCGUGACUGGAAGUUGGCGCAGUCUACAUAUGGCCUACUCAAGACUGAUUUUGAGAGCGACCAUGCCUGGAGGCACCAUGCGGCGGCAAACGAAAUGGGCGCAUUGGCACUUCUCAUAAUGGCACAGACCAAGACUCACACCCCGGCAAAAGUACUCGAUUCCGCCGGGGACAUGCUCGGGGACGCAACGUAUUCGUAUCUGACUCGCUGCGGUGCCCCGUACGGUGCACUGCGCUGUACAGCACUUGGUAUAGAGAUGCUUCGACUACGGGGUGGUGCAGCGAUCGACGUGGCGACCAGGCUGGGGCUGAGGCUUAUGGAGAAGACGCCUCGGCUACUGGGAGUGGUGGGGGAUGCCCUGUUUCGGGAGCGUCAGGCGGUUCUUUGUGCAACAAGGCCAGGGCUGGGUGUCAUGGGAAUAGGCACCUGGCGACGCAGGUCGGCGCUGUGGAGCGUUCUUGCGGCCGAGACGUGGCUGGCACAGAGCAAGUUUAUCCAAGCCCAGCGCUGUCUAAACGAAGCAAGGGUCAUGUACUCGAUGCUGCAAAGCGAUGACGGAAUCGCCCGGUUCGCCGCAGCAAGCGAGUUCAUGGCGGAGCUCAACCACAGGCUCAAGGAGGGUCUCGCGGCGGCGUCUGCUGCCGGUCAAGGCGGCCAGGAUGGCGAACCAGGCAACAGUGAUGAUGCCGACGACUCGGAGGUUGCGGCGAAUUUGGACGAGGUUGAGGUCCUCGCAGCCGAUGAGAAUGAGGUGCCCAACCGGAGGAGGUCACGGCGUCAAAGCUUGAUAGCCGGGUCAGGGGGAUCUGCUGGACCACCGAUUGAGACGGCGCCUUUGAGAGCGCUGUCUUCCGUAGACGAUGGAGGAAACGAUGGGAACUCUCCCAAAGGCGACUUUGGCUAAGAUAGGGGGGCAUACGGUGAAUAACUCGACCAUGGAAAUUAAUGUAUUAAAGAUGACUUUAAAGAACAGACGUGAUGCCGAUAGAUCAGUCUUUGCCUAAUGAUUCUGAUCUAAACUACUUAGGUCUCCUACCUAUCAAUCUAGGUAUUUUUGAUAAUUAGUUAUCCAGGUAAAAUACAUGAUAGGGAAUCUAGCAAAGCAUACUCCCUUGGCUUGCUAGGUAGGCAGGUAAAGAAUUUGGGCCUAGAAUUUACUACAAGCCCCUGAACCCGGGCGGGCGAGGCGGGUUCGGCUGCCAAGUAGAGCCCCAC